AUGUGUCGGCAAACAAUUAUGUGUCUUCUGCGAUACCCGGAAGCAGAAUAUAAAGAGGCUUUGAAACUGGAGCAGGACAACCAGCAAGCUUUGAAGGGUCUGAAAAACGUGAAAAAUCUCAAAUCUUCGGGUAACAAACGAGACUACUACAAAAUUUUGGGUGUAAAACGAACGGCAAGUGACAAAGAGAUAAGUCAGGCGUAUCGGGAACUUGCUGGAAAAAACCACCCGGACCGGUUCCCCGAUGAGGAACAGAAAAAGGCCGCUGAGAAACGCUUCCUCGAUAUAAACGACGCUCGCGAGGUUCUACUGGAUAAGAAAAUGCGGGCGCAAUUCGAUAGUGGCAUUGAUCCCAAGGAUCCUGAGGCUCAAGCUCGCAGUGCCUUUCAGACUGGAGAGGGCUUUGCCCACGGGCAUCAAUUCUUCACAAGUUCAGGACCUUUUGGAUUCAAUUUCCAUAAUUUUGAUCCCUUUGGUGCCGGCGGUGGGCACUUUGAAUUCCACUUUGGCUGA